UACGUCAACAAGACAAGGCAGAAACAUCGCUUCGCUUUGCAGAAUAAACCGCCGUUUGUGAAGCAUUUUGGUUCUAAAAGGAUCUGAAUCAUCUGAAUAGUGUCAUUAUUCAAGUAUUUUCGUGGUUAGUUUACAUUAUUUAAACAUUCAUGUUUAAAUAAAAUUAUUGUUGGCGAAGUGAACUGGGAAUUAUCUUAGCUUGAACCUGAACAUUCAUCGAAUACACAUACCCCAGGAUGGAGAAAUUGGCAGAAUUACUGGCCUCCUACAUGACGGCUCAAGAUCCGGCCCACCUGAAUCAGGCUCUACGCAUCUCCAGAAAGCCCAUGCACCACUAUAUACAGGAGUUUAUGACGCAAGCGCCGCACUUGAAGCACGCCGACGUUCUCCUUUAUCGGACUUACGUUCUCAAAAACGGACCUUUUAUCGACGAGACUGUCGCCGCGGAUUUGAAUAAGAGCGACAAACGGGCCGCCGACGUACGUCAAGCGGGCAAUCGGCUCUAUCUAUCCAAGCAGUACCCAGAAGCGCUGGAGAAGUACAACGAAAGCAUCUGUUGGGCCGAUGGGGCAGAUUCGGAAAAUUUAGGAAUCGGUUACGCUAAUCGUUCUGCCAUUUACUACGACAUGGGAGAAUAUGAGCUCAGUCUGGCCAACAUUGUCCUCGCCAAGAAGCAUAACUAUCCGGAACGCUUGAUGCCUAAAUUGCAAACUCGAGAACACAACUGCAAGGAGAAGAUUGCCGAAGGUCAGUCACAACUAGCUAUGCGUUGUCCAUCGCUUGCCAUGAACGUGGAGCCCCACCCGAUGAUACCGUUCAUGGCUGCCGGUAUUGCUCAAAAAGAACUGCCUGGUUACGGUCGUUCGCUGGUAGCAGAGCGUCCAUUCAAAGCCGGUGAUGUGAUCCUCAAGGAGAAAGCGUGGCUGGCAGCCAUCAGCCCAGAAUUGAAGUACAAAAACUGUAAUCACUGUUCGGCGGACAACUUCUACAGUCUUAUUCCAUGCCCGAACUGUGUCUCGGUCAUGUAUUGUAGCGAGAAAUGCCUGGAAGAGGGCUUGAAGUACAGCCAUCGAUUCGAAUGCGGCAUUACCGAGAAGCUGCAUCACAUUUCCUGGGGCAGCAGUCGAAUUUGGAUGGGAUCAAGAGCAUUCUUCUACGGGUUAACUCUUUUUAACGACGACAUGAAGAAUAUGAUGGACUAUUGCGAAGCGAAUGGUAGAAACGGAGCUGAUCCACUAACCUUGGAUUAUUCAAAGUAUGAUCCACUGGAGGAGUUCAAAGUUUUCCACAAAACCAAGCUUGCAACAAGUGAAUUCUUGUAUGAGGAUUCGUUCCGCUUUUACGCGGCGCUUUAUUUCUCUGUCUACAUGAAGAACCCUCUUGUGCGAUCCAUCGUUAGCACAAAAGCCCACAAAGAUUUUAUGCUACGUUCAAUUUUGGACUACAUGCGCAUCAUCGGUUUCUUGAUCAUUGGGCCGCGUCAGAACUUCACCAAUCAGCUGUUUUCCAUAGGAUCGGUUUGCAACCACUCGUGUGAUCCAAACACAGUGGCCGCCGUUCAGUACGGUCAACUAAAAUUUAUUAUCCUCCGUCCGAUUGCGGCCGGCGACCAGAUUCUGAUCUCUUACGGACCUUUGGUCUACGAAAGCACCGACAGCGAACGCCGCCAAGCGCUGUCCAUGUAUCACUUCGUUUGCAUCUGUGAUGCGUGCGAUGCGUACAAAAUGCGCCGCAGGAAGGAAACAUCCAAGCGGCUUCCAGGCAUUCCGCUCAAGCAGCUGAAAGCGAUGAGUGAGCUACUUCACGAUGAUGCGGCGGACGGUGCGGCCAAGCUGACCAUGAUGCAGCAGAUUGUCAAUCGGUACCAGCACAGCUAUCCUCGGAAGGAUUAUAUGGAUUCGCUGGACCUGUACUACAAACUGUUGGGAAUCACGUUUCUCAAGGAGACGCAGGACCUUCGGCGCACCACAGCUGCCGAAUCUGCUUGAUUGAGUGGUUCGAAACGAUUUAGCUUUGGCUAAGUAAGCAUUUUAUCGUUAAGUUUUUUCCAUUAUUUUUUGAAUUCUGUUAUUGGUAAAUAAUAUCAUUUGUUC